AGUGACAAUUGACGGUUGUUGCUGAUGUUUAUUUCUAUUGUAUUAUCUACAUAUUAUUCUAAACAAUGCUUAUUUCGUUUUUUAACUUAAAUUAAAUGGACCAAGAGAACUAAAUUAAAGAUGAGUUUCUCUAGUGACGAAGUGAAUUUCUUGGUAUACAGAUAUUUACAGGAAUCCGGAUUUCAACAUUCUGCUUAUACCUUUGGUAUAGAGUCACACAUAUCUCAAUCCAAUAUAAAUGGGGCAUUGGUUCCUCCUGCAGCCUUACUAAGUAUAUUACAAAAGGGUCUCCAAUAUACUGAGGCUGAAAUCAGUAUAGGUGAAGAUGGAACUGAGCAAAGAUUGGUGGAAAGUCUGAGUUUAAUAGAUGCUGUUAUGCCUGAUGUAGUUGCUAGUAGACAAAAUCAGCAAAACCAACAGAAACAAGCUAUUAAGGCUGAACAAAAUGAGACUAAUGGAGAAGAAGCUGUGGUUUCAACUCAAAAUGAAACGAUGGAAGUUGACACAUCCAUAGAGAUCCCUUCAUCUAAGGCAACAGUUCUUAGAGGUCACGAAUCGGAAGUGUUUAUUUGUGCAUGGAAUCCCACCACUGAUUUAUUGGCUAGUGGUUCUGGGGAUAGUACUGCGAGAAUUUGGGAUAUGUCUGAUAACACUGCUAGCCCUAAUCAGUUAGUUUUGAGACAUUGUAUUCAGAAAGGUGGUACUGAAGUGCCAAGCAACAAGGAUGUUACUUCGCUUGAUUGGAAUUGCGAUGGUAGUUUACUAGCAACAGGAAGUUAUGAUGGUUAUGCAAGAAUAUGGACCACGGAUGGUCGUUUAGCUAGUACCUUAGGCCAACACAAGGGACCUAUUUUUGCCCUCAAAUGGAACAAACGAGGAAAUUACAUUCUUUCUGCUGGAGUUGACAAAACAACAAUUAUCUGGGAUGCAGCUAGCGGUCAAUGUACCCAACAAUUUAGUUUCCACUCUGCACCAGCCUUAGACGUCGAUUGGCAGACCAACACAUCUUUUGCAAGUUGUUCUACAGAUCAGUGUAUUCACGUUUGCAAACUUUCCAUGGACAAACCCAUCAAGUCAUUCCAAGGACACACUAACGAGGUAAAUGCUAUCAAAUGGGAUCCUCAGGGUCAAUUAUUGGCGUCGUGUUCUGAUGAUAUGACCCUUAAAAUUUGGUCCAUGAAACAUGAUACUUGUGUCCAUGAUCUACAAGCUCAUUCUAAAGAGAUUUACACCAUAAAAUGGUCUCCUACAGGGCCAGGUACCCAAAAUCCUAACAUGAACCUUAUUUUGGCGUCUGCUAGUUUUGAUUCUACUGUAAGGUUAUGGGAUGUAGAAAGAGGUGCUUGUAUUCAUAGGCUCACAAAACACACAGAACCUGUUUAUUCGGUGGCAUUUAGCCCCGACGGCAAGUUUUUGGCUAGUGGUAGCUUUGAUAAAUGUGUCCAUAUUUGGUCAACACAGUCUGGACAACUUGUCCAUAGCUACAAAGGCACCGGUGGAAUAUUCGAGGUGUGCUGGAAUUCUAGGGGAGAUAAGGUUGGAGCCAGUGCUUCAGAUGGCAGUGUAUUCGUCUUAGAUUUACGUAAACUCUAACAGUAAAUGAAACGUCCAUGGGGGGGGGGGGGGAAAUGCAUCUGCAAUUAUUUGAAGUAAAAACGUUUUACUCUGUAUGACAUUGUGCGGGAUUUAAAGUAAUUUAUUUUUGAAUAAAUCUUAGAUUUAAAAUUUAUAUAUUAAUGUUAGAUGAUAAUUUUAGAAUUCAUUUAGGUAUGUAUCUGUUUAAUAAGGGUCAUUCUAAGUGUGCUGGAUAUUUUACUUCUAGUAUUUUUAUCCAAUAUAAUAUG